GUUUUGGUGCCCGUCUGCCCCUUCAAAACUGGAACAGUUUCCAACACGGAGCUGAGGAGACCAUGAGUUGGGUGAACAAGAGUGGCCAAGGUCCAGUCACAAAUGCUCAAGCAUCUGAGCAAAUCUAUUAUGCGUGUCAGUUGUUCCUCCACGCUGAAGGGACCCCUUUUCGUGGGUCUUCUUAACAUCCCCUGCCGCUCUGCCAGCAUCUUUGUGCAGCCGCCCGCCAAACUGUGAGGCCCCGGCGCAGCAUUUGCGGUAGACCUCAUGAUCAAUUGCAGGGUCCACUUGGGGAAGGUGGUGGGUCUUCGGUGGUGUAUGUGUCAGGAAUGACCAAUCCUGGUGUAUAACUGGUUGUAGUAGGGGCCUUCAAAAGAGAUGUUUUCCUAACGACCUCUGGUCACUGCUCAAUGCGUUCAAGCCAGGCCUCAGUCUCUACAUUAUAUAGAUUGUUCAGUUGCCAGUGCCCUCAAACACACUUUGACCAAAACUACCGCAAAGACCUGUUUGAAGUCCAGUUUUCUAUGAUGUUUGUUUUGGAGACAACCUCUUCCAAAACCUCCCAGUCCCACCCUCCCUCCUUCAAAGCAGACCCUUCGCCCGGAAAGCCGAACUUGGCUCCGGACGUCGUCGCGGAUGCUUUUGUUGACCUUCUUGACUGCGGUGACGUAGGCACUGGUGAUAUACCGCUCAGCCUGGGUUUUCGUUCAGCGCUCGCGUGUUUGGUUUGCUUCGGAAAGAGGUAAUCCAUGACCCAUGGCGCAGAGAAAAGGAGAAGGAGUUGCGGGAUCCUCUUCUAAAAUCAAACAACAACCCAUACCUGACAGGUGGGGAAAUAACCCACGCUAAGUUAACGACUAGAAAUUUGCGAUCAACAUCUGGGUGACUUUUCAUUGCAGCUGGGAUUGAAGAUUCAUGCAGCAAAAAGCUGAGAUAUGCCGAGGUACACCGCUGCCCGGCAUCCAGUCCUUAAUGAUGUCCUCGGUGCCAAAGGUGCAGCGACUGAAGGGUGGAAGGCUUUCGAAGAUCCAACGGAGGUUGAAGAACCCCAUAUAGGUACUGCUGGUGACCGGCGUCCCUUUUUCAGGUCACUUCAACUUAACUUCACCUCUCCUGGAUGUGGGAUAAAACCGUGCCGUACAUGUGUUGUUUUUUGUUGCACAUGGACUGGGAGACUGCUAGGAGAUAUCAAGUCCUUUAGCCAAUCACGU